AAGUGAAAAAUGUCUUGUUGUUCCGGAGAAGAUGAAGAAGAACAACGUCCAGAGCCAACACGAGUCCGUGGUUGCACGGAUAUCUUUUGGCUCUGUCUUUUCAUUUUGUUUUGGUUUCUCAUGACAGCCAUAUUUUAUGAGCGUUACAAAGUGGUGUUGCUGAAACUACUUUGCUCUUUUGGAUUGUUUUCUAUACAAUUUGUUGAAAAAAGAUUGUCAUCAAUUACUUCAUCCGAUUGCCUGGUUUGAAUAAAUUAUAUGUGACAUAAUUUAACAAGGAAUAUAAAACCAGAUUGAACAUGUACACAAUACAAAAGCAAUGAAAUAUUGGUAGCAGCAUUUGCCAUUGUCUACGGUAAUCCAGUGGGAUUGAUAAACGGAUAUGAUAGCUUUGGCAAUACAUGUGGCGUCAAGAAUAAUCAAAAGUUUGGCAACAUGGAAUUAUCUGGGCAAGAUACCAGUCAGAAACCGUACCUAUUUUUCCUGGAUGUACAAAAUGUGAAGAAGUCAUUGAAAAUAUGUGUUAAAAAAUGUCCUGAUCGAAAACUGUCCAAUAUGGCAGAUGUUUGUCAGUUUUAUAAAGAUACCGGAUCACAACUUUGUCAUGAUAAACCAGGAAAUGAUUUGAGCUUUUGCACUAGCCAAAAUAUCAAAGAUAAGACUGGAGCCUGUCCCGUACUGCCGGUUCAUGAGAGUAUUAUUAUAUUAAAUCGAUGUAUACCAAAAUCCAUUGAAGAGGUUGGAAAAAAUGUAAUUUCCAACUUAUAUGGGUUGAUCAAUUCGUGGGAUGUAAUUGAACAGAUCCUUGGAGAUCUGUACAAAACUUGGCGGGAAAUUGUAGCUUUAUCUUUUCUUGCUUUUGUCCUGUCAUUAUUCAUGAUCGCAAUCUUUCAUCUGCUGGCAAGCAUUGUGAGUUGGAUAGUUAUGAUCCUGGUUACUGUGGCCUGUAUUGGUGGUACUGGCCUACUAUGGUGGACGUACAUUCGAAUCAAAACCACAUUGGAUAAAACAAAUCCAAGUGAACUAUUAGAAGAAUCUGUGCGAAAUGAGAAAGCUUUUUUAAUUUAUGCUAUCAUAGCAACCAUCAUCACUAUUAUCCUGUUGUUCCUACUUUGUGCACUGCGUAAACGUAUUAGUACUUUGGCUCACUUGUUCAAAGAGAGUGCAAAAUGUUUGGCUGAACUUCCAGGCCUAUUUUUCCAGCCAUUGCUAACAUUUUUGGCCUUACUCGUAUUUUUUGCUUUCUGGAUCACAAUUGUUCUCUGUCUUGCUACUGCCAAUGCUCCUGAAACGAAAUCCGUACAAAUGUUGGAAAACCAAGUAAUUGAUCCAUUAAAUUCCACUGCCACUGGAGGAAAGUCAUCCAUCGAUAGGUUUAAAACAUUUACUCUUGUAGAAUUCGAUUCCACUUGGGUAAAAUACAUGUGGUGGGUUUACAUCGUUGGACUAGUUUGGGUGUCCGAAUUUAUCAUUGCUUGUCAAAAUAUGGUAAUCGCUGGGGCUGUCGCUCAUUGGUAUUUCAGGGGUAAGAAUGCCAGUGCUUCCCCGGUAUGUUCAUCGAUGUGUAAACUGGUCAGUUAUCAUUUGGGUUCAGUAGCUUGUGGCUCACUGUUAAUCACAAUCUUCAAAGUACCUCGACUGAUUCUUUCUUAUCUUUAUGCAAAGUUCGAAAAAACCAAAGAAACAUCUCCAUGUGCUCAAUGCGGCCUGAAAUGUUGCAUCUGCUGCUUUUAUUGUUUAGAGAAAUUUAUACGUUAUAUGAACCACAAUGCAUACACAGUUGUGGCCAUUGAAGGCACACAUUUCUGCAAUGCUGCUAGGAUUGCAUUUACGACAUUAGUAAGCAAUGCGUUACAGAUAGCAGUCAUAAAUGGUGUAGGAGAUUUUAUUCUCUUUUUGGGUAAAUGUUUUGUGACUGCAGCAACAGGUAGUGUUGGAUUAUUAUUCAUGAGGCAAGAUCCCAGACUGCAUUUUUAUGCAGCACCCAUUUUUGUCGUUUGUGUGUUUGCAUUUUUCAUCGCGCACUGCGUCAUUUCACUUUAUGAGACUGUAAUCGACACAUUGUUCUUGUGUAUCUGCGAAGACAAAAACUUGAAUGGUGAAAACGGUAAAUGGCGACAAUCUGCUCUCGCCAAUAUUGGAAGACCUAAUAGCAAUAGCAAUGGUCAACAAUCACACGAAUUAUCUCCAAUUAACCAAUAAGUCCGUUUUUCAAAUUUCUCAUUUUUUUUUCUAUUUGCAACAAUUUUCUUCCACAAAAUGAGCUGAGUGCAAUAAGGCACUAUUCACAUUUAGGUCGUUUAACAAUUUUAUACAAUCGUAACAAUUAUUUUAAUUCCCAACGUGAUUAUAAUUUUUUUUAACUGUUAUCAUAGAGUUUAUGGAAAGAUUGUUCUCUGAAUGAGAUAUCAUUUGCUUAUUGUUGUAAUUACUUUCAGAAUUGGCUUGAAAUUGGUCACAGGCUUAAGCAUCACAGAUUAUGAUCAAGCAGGUUAGUGGCUAAUAAUUACUUUGCGGCUUGCUGCAUUACCUGCUCGUUGAAAUUUUGAGUAUUUUAGUCUGAAUAAAACUAACUUAGUUGUCAAUUUUUUUAGACUAAGAUAUAAUUUAAUUUAACUGCUAAGUGCAAUCGAUAGAAUAUAUAUGUUUAUAUUUACCGAUAUACAACUACGCACACUUUACCUACUAAUAGCCAGUUCACACUCUGGUAAUUCGUUGGGUUUAUUCUUUUGAUUCUGUGCUUCCUUUCGAAUAUUGAGACUUAGCUAUUAUGCACAGAAACUACUUUCAAUGAAAAAAAGAUAAUCUGAAUUUACUGUUCAUACCUGGCAUAUUCAGAAGAAAAAGUAAGAUAAUGUAUACUCCUAUUUAUUUAAAAAAUUUUAAUAUUAAUAAUCUUAUAAGUCAAUUGGCAAUAAGUAAUAGAAUAUAAUUACGAACAAAAUCAGAAACAAUUUGCAGGUAGCAUUGGACGUUGAAGUGUGAAUUUCUAAAAGUUGUCUGUAUAUUUUAUUAUCUUCUCAAGUGCCUCAGUAUUUGAUUUCACAUGUAUUCCACGAUAGUUAAAGAAACUUAUUUCUUAUAACUUCGCUUUGUGAAAUUGGUGAAUGUUAUCAAAUUGUGAUAGUAGAGUUGGAAUUGGUGAAUGUAAUAAUUUGUAAUUUGCCUCCAUUAUUAUUACUUGUUGAUGAAAACAUUAUUUAAUCUUUUCAAAAUGGGUGUUUCCAUUUCAUUCCACAAUAAUGUGUUACUUUUUGAAGCAAUUCUGCUUUGUAGUACAAACGAAUGGAAACUAUCUUUUGAUGCCAUCCAGAAAAAAACUCAAUAGGUAAAUACUUUGUAUGUAGUACCAUACUUUGAAAUGAUAUUGUAAACGUGAAAUUAUACGUUUACAGUGGUUGUUAUAAUUACUGUUAUUCAAGUUUAUUAUACAGAAUAUUAGAUUUGUUCAUGAGAUCAUGGUGAUUACAGGACGAAGUUUUAAAUACAAAUGGUAUAAUGAACGGAAAUAAUUGGUCUUUGAUAUGAUUUUGGCUAUUAGUGAAAAAUUGCACGAAGUUGGAUAAUGAAUUUGAUUAAAGAAUAUAGAUUUAGAAACCAAUAUACCUGUAUUUGUGUGAAAUUUAAUAAUUCGCGUUCUGAAAUUUUUAUGGAAAGAUUGUUGUUAGAUUUUUUAUAGAAGGUGAUGGGGAUUCACUACUCUUAUUUAUGCUCUCAUCAAAGCACCCUCUGCUGAUUUUGUCCUUUGAUUAACAUGCAUGUACAGAAGAAUAAAUUCAUGCAUAUGUAUACAACGAAAAGUUAAAAAGUAGAGAAUUGACGCUCCUGAAUCAGCUAAUCUCUGCCAGGAUAUCUUGAUAAUGGAAAAUUUAUAACAAUACUUUUUACACUGAUGUAUAUUUAUAAUUCAUCAAGCGUGGUUUUAAUGAACUAAAAUGGCUAAUAUUCACAAAACCUAUUUGUAAUUUCUAAUUGAUAAUAAUUAUACACGAUAAUAUUUUGUAUUAAUGUAUUUUAUUGCAAUAUGGAGUGUCGAAGAUAUCAAAUAAAUUCAUUCAAUUCUUGA